AUGGGCGCUCAGAAGUUGCCUUCGGAAGAGGGAUAUGCUCAAACCCCCCUCAACACCAUCAAGGUGUACAAGCACAGAGCCGCAUACGACUAUCAAACCGUCCACUCAAUCUUCGCCUCCACCCUCGUCUCCCACGUCUCUUUCAUCGGCACCGACGAAGAAGGCGACCCAACACCCAUAAACCUCCCCCUAACCGCCGUCCUCGGCCGCUACGACCCCUCCCACCCCCUCCCCGAAAACGACAACCCCUCUGAAUCCUCCUACCACGAAGACCUCAAUCGUCCACUAGACCUCUACCUCCACGGCAACGUAGCAAUGAUGCUCCGCCGCGCAGUAGUAAAAAACGGCACUUUCAAAGUCUGCGUCGCUUCCACAAGAGUCGAUGGCGUAGUCCUUAAUUUCACACCUAAUGGCCAUUCGCUGAAUUAUCGAUCGGCGGUCAUUCAUGGAACGGCUAGUAUGGUGCAAGAGGCCGAGGAAAAGAGGUUUGCUAUGCAUAUGCUUACGAAUCAUAUGAUACCGCACCGAUGGUCGAAUGUCAACCCCGUCACGCCUUCUGCGAUGAAGAGUGUUCAGAUCAUGAAAGUACACAUCAAUUCUGCUUCUGCGAAGGUGAGGGCCAAGAAUAUGGGAUUGGCGGAUAGUGUGGAUAUUGCCGCUGAGAGGGAUGAUGUGUAUACUGGUGUUAUACCUCUAUAUGAAACCUUGGGGACACCGGUGGAAAGUGGAUAUUCUCCUGCUCGUCCUGUGCAAAGACACCUAAAUGCGUGGAUUGGGGGAAGGAAUAAAGAAGAGAAGGAAUAUGCAAUCAAGGCUGCAGAAAAUGAACCUGAGGAGGCAGAGACGAUAGCCGAGCAUGUGCUGACGAUUGCAGAGCUCAGGAAACAAAGAGGCGUCGACGCGGUCGAGAAUGGAGUGACAGUAUAG